AUGUCUUCCAUACCCACCCUCCUCCACCUCCUCUUCACUACCAUCCUCCUCCUCGCUAUCCCAACCCUCGCCUACCAACCCCUCUCCGACACCCAACUCAAAGCCGUCCCCGGCCCCAUCGAGUCCGACUUCGACAUCAAAACCGGCGCGCUCCUCGCCCCGAUCCUGAUCCCCCGCGUCCCCGGCACCCCCGGGCAAGCCAAAGUCCAAAAACACUUUGUCGACUUCUUCACCCGCGAACUGCCCGAGUGGGAAAUCUCGUGGCAGAACUCGACAGCCACCACCCCGCUCUCAGGAAACAAACAAAUCCCGUUUCAGAACCUGAUCUUCCGCCGGGAACCGCCAUGGACGAAAGAGCGAGGGCCGGGCAGGGCGGCGCUGCUGACGCUAGUGGCGCAUUACGAUAGCAAGAUCAGUCCGGAGGGAUUCAUCGGGGCGACGGAUAGCGCGGCGCCUUGUGCGGUUUUGAUGCAUGUCGCGAGAACGGUGGAGGGGUAUUUGAAGAAGGUUUAUGAGCAAGGGGUGGCGGAGGGGUUGGGGAAGGAAGGGAGGGAGGAUCCGGGACGGGAGAUGGGGGUGCAGAUACUGUUGUUGGAUGGCGAGGAGGCGUUUAAGGAGUGGACGGAUACGGAUUCGCUUUAUGGUGCUCGAUCCCUCUCCUACGAAUGGGAAAACACCCCCUACCCCGCCCUCUCGCGCUUCAAGAACCCUCUCCGACAAAUCGACCUCUUCGUCCUCCUCGACCUCCUCGGCUCCGCCGACCCGGGCGUCCCUUCUUACUUCCAGACCACCCACUGGGCAUACAAGAACAUGGCCACCGUCGAGUCGCGCAUGCGCGCCCUCGGUCUGCUGGAAAGCAAACCCAAGAACCCGUUUCUGCCCGAAGCCGGCAAGCUCAACGAGCAUUUCGGGAGGGUUUACGUGGGCGAUGACCACCAGCCGUUCAUGGCCAAGGGCGCGCCCGUGUUGCAUAUGAUCCCCACGCCGUUUCCGCAUGUGUGGCAUAAGAUUGAGGAUGAUGGGGAGCAUUUGGAUUUGCCUACGGUCAGGGAUUGGGCGAGGAUCGUGACGGCUUUUACUGUUGAGUAUUUGGAGGCUGCUGGGGGAGAGGUAGGGGCUGGGGCUGGGACUGGGAAGGAGGGCAAAGGGGAGGAUACUGCUGCGAAGCAGGGGACUACUACUGAUGGGGAGGAGAAGGCUGGCGCGGGAGUUGGGAAGGGGCCUUGA